AUGUCAGCAACGCCUCGCAAGCCUGGAACCCCCGUCAGUCCCAGCAAAUCAGUGGCCGCAGAUCCGCCCUCGACCAACGGGUCCACCACACGAGGACAUGCACGCUCACCCAGCGCUGCGACCAACGGCCUCAACCGCUCCCCCUCCUUAAGAGGUUCCACUCCCGUCUCUGCGCGCGCCGCUGCACGAAAACCUGGCCGGUCCAAUCUGAGUAUGUCCAACGUCCCGCGGAUCAAUAACGACCCCUCCGAGGAGGAGGCGCGGGCCCAGAAUGCCGCCCUGAUCGAGGAGCUCCGAGAGCAGCUGCAGAAGGCCGAGACGGCCUCCGAACAAUAUCAGAAACAACUCGGUGUCUUGCAAAUGCGCCUAGAUGAAGCGGUUAGCGAGCAAGGAAAGUUGGAGGACCAAGCCCACGAGAAAGAUACUCGGCUGGAGAGGCUGGAUGGCGAAAUUCGGGAUCAGGCUCGUCAGAUCCGGGAUCUCGAGCAGAACCAUGAGCUAGAGCGGAAUGCGAUGCUGCAGGAGAAGGAGCAGCAGACCAGCCGUGAGGAAGAGUUGCAGGCAACCAUCCAGCGGUUGAAGGACUCAGUGGCGCAGAAGAGCAUACCCAUGAACGCAGAGAGCGAACGCCAGAUUUCUAGAUCUUCCAGCUUCCGCAACAGAGCCUCUCCCGAUGUCGAUGGCCAGUUCGCUCCAUCGUCGCAACUCGAGCGAAGCCCCUCCCGGAAUAACUCAAAUCUUCUCCUCCAGAAAGACAAGCUCAUUGAGUCCUUGCGGCUCGAGUUGGCUGAGUCCCAGAUCAAGUUGGUGGAGAUGGAGAACAAAGGUGGAGGCCGGCAGCGCGAGUUGGAGAAGGAGCUUUUGGAGGCUCGGAUGGCGAAUGCCCGUCUCAUGGAAGACAACGAAAGCUACCAACUCUUACUCAGCGAGAAGACUCUCACCGGUGACUUCACCAAGGGUGACUUCAUGCAGCAUGCUCAUCCCGAUAAGCAGUCUAGCGGUGGUCUAGGUUCUCUCGCGGAUGAGCUUGAGUCUGUUGAUGAAGCGCCAGAAACUGAUCCCGGCCGCAAGGUGGACUCCGAGGCCAAGACUCUGAGAGACCAGAACAAGGCGUUGACGCUAUAUAUUGAGCGCAUCAUCAGCCGUGUCCUUCAGCAUGAUGGCUUCGAGCACGUUCUUGACCGGAAUGACGAUGAAGCCGGGUCCAAGCCUGGCACUGCGGCAGGGGACAAAGAGCUGCCUCCUACGCCGCCCGAGAAGGAUGACGCACCAGCCCAAUCCCUCCUGCAGCGGGCGAAGUCAGUGGUCUCGGGUCCUCCUCGCUCCCAGCCCCGAUCUCGCCCAACCAGCAUGAUGCCCCCUCCCACAAUCCCCCACACUACUGCGAACGAGAAUCCGGAUACGGCGCCAAGUAUCCCGCUCAGAGCCCAGUCCGUGCGUGCUAAUCAUCGCCGCACCCGCUCGGAGCAGGUGGAUCCGAAUGCCGCCUCGGUCGUCGGCCAGAUGUAUCGUGGCCGCAACUCGGGCGGGCCGAUGAGCCCAACUGCAAUGGGCCCCGGCUCGCGCCAGAGCAUGUUCUCUGGCGCCGCCAGCUACAUCUCCAGCCGUGCACCCUCAAUGUCUAGUCAACCUGAUCGGGCUGGGCGCAGCAGCUCUCCCAGCGUGACCAGCGAUAUCCAUGGCGAUACCAGCUCCAUGGGUGCAACAUCCAGCCCGCCUCGCUCCAGCAGCGGCAUGAACAACUACACCGGCGCAGUGAUGACACAGAAUAAGCUGCGUCCUCUGCGUCUGGUGAGCGAUGCUGCCAAGCUAGAGGAAGAGGAGGCCGCGCGCAAGAAAGCCAACCGUGCGAGCUGGAUCCCAGGCUGGUUCAACCGUCCUACCAACCCGGAUGAACAGCAACAGCAGCCGCAGCCGCAGCCGCAGCCGCAGUCCUAG